GGACCAUACGAGGGUGUGGUCUGGCGCCCCGAGGACGCCGGACGCCAUGUCCCUGGACGUCAUGCGACACGGUGGCGUGGUCCAUGAUGUCGUGGCUGUCCUGGGACGCAGGACCGUGUGGGUGCAUGGUCUGGCAUCACGGGAUGCUCGACCUUCCAUGUGGCCACGAGCAGGGAUGAACCGGGCGAUGGUCACGCGUGUCGAAAAGGUCAGGGAUAUUCGACAGGCCGGAAACAGGGAGCGCGAAAAUAGUGAAAAAUAUCGAAAGAUCACCAACCGUGGCGAAAAAACGUUAAACGUGUCGGAGAAGUCAGGGAUAUUCGACAACAGGUGUGAUGCUUGUGUAGAUGGUAGAGAAAGCUCAUCGGGUGCGUGUACGCCGAAGGUGCUUGGAUGGGCUGCGACGUACCAUGAUAAAUACUGGGCGCUUGAUUGGCAUCUGGGAAUUAAGGUUCCCUACUGCGAGCCGGUGGUUUUCUUGAGAGACUCGAAAGGGGAUUUUUAUCCCUGCGGAGGAAUCAAGAAUUACGCCUUCGAUAACCUUGAGGUGCAUGUGGAGUACAUGAGAUUCCACCUCACCACUUUUUUCGAUGCUGAUGGCAACGAGGAACCCGACAACUACAAACAGGUGUCGUUGCAUUUGCAGAAGUUCGUGGGGUACGGUAUGCGCGUUGUUGCUAUGCCUCCUUUCGACAAGUCACGAAAGAAAGACGGGUCGCAGGUCGUUAUGCUUCGCCCUCCAGAGUUCCUCAAGAAAAUUAACUGCCAUAAAGUGGCUACGCACGUGUGCACGGUGGACAACAAGCUGACGUUAUCCACACGUCUUAUACCGUUCGAUAUUAUUGUCCACGAGUUCGCUUCGAUGCUUCGAUCGUAUAGGUUGCAGACGUUGGGCCAAGCUAUUCUGCACAGCGCGAUCUCUAUUGGCUCGCCACAUGCUGGAGGGGCAAGGAAAACCAAACUCGGCAGUUCAGCGGGACACACCGGGCAGGAGGGAUCGCUUGGCAAGUCUGGGCCUGUGUUGAAACCGGCUCUGCUCCGGGUCGACCACGGGAGGAAGCCCCCUGGGGAUUCAGAGAAGACAGAAGAUGACUUCACCCCUGGACAGCGCGUGGUUGAGAGAUCCACGGACGACAACGUUGGACGUGACGAGGAUGAAGCCGAAGAGCGCGAUGAAGGUGAGGAUCACGGAGCUGCCAUCGAUGAAGAUGCCUGCGACGACGAGGAUGACCUCGAAGUCGAGGACGACAGUGAGGGGGGAGGUGACGAUGAGGAAGGGAGCUACGAAGGGGGGAGCGAAGGGGAGAUGCACGGUGACAAUGAGUGCGGAGGGGGUGACGGUGAGUACCAGUGCGUUAACGACAGUGCAGCCGUCGCAUCGGGACACGAGGACGUCGUCGUUGACACUCAGAGAUCAGUAUGCUCGCGUAAGAGAAAAACGACAUCUCAAUGGCAAGACGAGGAACGGACCCGGAGGCAGUCCAAGUUAAUUGGUUUGGCGGCAUCGCAGGAGGUGUACAAGAAAGCGCUGGAAACACAAUCGGCGAAGCCGACCACGGAGAAGCGCGAACGUCCGCGCUCGUCACAAAGGUGGAAGAAGAAACCGAAGGUGGACGGCUCGAAGGAAGUGGCAGACUUCGGUGACGAGGCGGUGGGGGUUGAUCCAAGAGAUAAUACUGCGAAACCGGAGUGGCUGGUUUCCAAUAACAUUGACACGACAAGAUGUUUUUUCUUGGAGUACGACGGGGAUGGGAAUGCCAUUGACCGUCCUGCCCAGGUGUUCGUCAACUUCCUUAAGAUCUUGCCUAACCCUGACAACGGUGAUUGCCAGUACAAUCACAGACCGCUGAACGAGAUGUUGGUCGCCUCUAUCAAGGACGCUUUGGAACGACCGGAGAAACAGAAAGAGCGGGACAAAAACACAUUCAUUCUCGCUCCGGUUGUAGAAGUCGUGGUCGUCACCUCUGGCAGGACAUUUGGGAAGAAACUCAUGAACAUGAACGACCUUUACACGGAAGUGCGCAGGGAGAGAUACAUGGUGCGCAUGUUUAGCUACGUGCUCUUCAAGUCGGAGAAGAGGGAACGGCGCGAAUGGAAAUACGGAUUCUUCAUCGGGUACGAUGAUAUAAUGGCGAGAUUUGGACCGAACGGGUUGACAAAGGAAAAGUGGGAGAAGAAGAAGACGAAACUUCCGGUUGAGAGAUUGAACAAUGUGUCGAAACGUUUGGGCGGUGUCGAUGAGGGGAAGUUGGGAGAUGGGAAUGUGGGGGGGUACAAGGUUACGACUGAGAUGUACAUGGAGUAGGACGUCACUCGUGCCGUGAAGAAGUUGAGUUGCCACCUUGCGGUGCUGGAUUUGGGUCCCAACAAGAGUCUUGAUUUAUGGACAGACCAGCGGUUUGUCGAGCUUCAACAUAUGAUGAAGGUUCUAUGCGGGACACAUUGGGCACUCGUUAUUUUCUGCGGGCUGAAAUCCGAGGACUUGAUUUUGAGGAGCAUCUUCAGGUGGGGGAGUGUGAAGGUUCUCCCGGGCCGCUGGAGGCGGCAUCACAGUACUCAGCCGUCCUCGUGUGUCCCGCUUGGAAAUCUUCCAUUGAGAAAUCGGGACUCCAUGACAAUUGUGCUGCACGACGCAGGCAAUGACUUCAAAAAAGUCACGGUCCCAUCCAAGCGUGACAAUGUGCUCUUCGAUACAAACUUUGAGGAGGAGAUGUUUGUGAGGUGCACAAAACAACACAUCGGUGUGGACGGCAAAGACAGAGCUGUUUAUGGUGCUUGGGAGAAAGAGCCGGCAAAGAUCAAAGAGUUGUGUUCAUGGUUUUCGAAGGAAGGGGAGGGUGUGCUCCUUCUGGGCAACGUCCAAGCUGACUCAUUUUGGGACUUACUUUGGUCCGGCCGUCAUGUUGUGGCAUGCGAAGGUUCCUCCACCAUGCUCGAGUACUGUUCCGCGUUUAUUGAUCGUCUCGUUCGUGAUUCCCAUAGCCGUUGUCACUUCGAGCGACCGAAAACUCAGCAUCGCUCGGACCGAGACAUGUUUCUUAAACUGGGAAAGAAGAUAGAGUCUUUGUGGAAGUACUUGUUCUGGAAUGCUCCUGAUAAGCGGACAGAGACAGAUUAUGUUGCACGCAAAGUCAUCGCACUCCAACAUCUCCAGCGAUACCACGAUGCCAAAAUUGGUGCAAUCGAGAUUUUCUUGGCACGUUGCGAAAACCUCUGGUUCGACAAAAGAAUGGACCGCAUUGACGCAAAGACUUAUAACGAAGCGUUGGAGCCCGAAGAUCGUUUCGAUUUGAUGGACAGUGAGGAGGAUACGGAUGACGACAAGAUUGACCUGCCUUCAACUGAUGCAAGGCAUGAAGCAGGCGACGAUGACAUGCGUGCGGAGUCCUUGGCGGAGGGUGAAGCGGGGCUGGGUGAAGCGAGGGGAGCGACUACGGCAAGAUGCAAGAAUGGCCGAGUCACACAACCGCCUACGUCGUCCAUGGGAGAUGGUACAGAGGCAAGCACUUCGAAAUGGGUGGACAACCGCGCCACCCCAGGCUUUCCUACGCUCAUGAGGAAUAUGAUCUCGGAUGUCAUGGCAAUGGAAACAGAAAUCCCAACACUUUGUGGUCCCGCCGGCGUGGGGCCCGGGGAGGAUGCCAUGGAUCUGGAGGACGAUCCAUUGUUUCACAUGCCUGACGACGAGGACAAAGCUCUGAGUCCUGGGGAUGAAAUCGAAAGUCACAUGAAGGAGAGCAAAGGAGGACCUCACUUUUUGGACACAAAGUUCACAGAGACUGAGGCUUACAAAUGGGGUCAUCACAUCAUAUGGCAUUCGGGCUUGUUCGAGCCAUGUGUGGUUGACGGCAAAUGGCAGAUGGCUGUCCGAGUGGGAGGGAAUUGGGUAAUGAAGAAAAGACUCAACAAGACUAAGUUCCUUGACAUUGCGAAACAACAGUUGUUGUUGCGCGUGGUCCAGGCGAACAGGGGUGCAGGAGAGGAAACUAUUAGCGAAAAGCUACGCGACGACGACGAACAUGACGGGGAGGACGAUGAGGAGGAGAGGGAGAAGAAGAUGACGAAGAGGACGAGAAGAAGAAGAAGAGGAGAAGAGGAAGUUGAGGAGGAGGAGAAGAAGAAGAUGAAGAAAGGAAGAGGACGAGGCGGAGGAAGAGGAGGAGGAGGAGAGCAGCAAAAGAAGAAAGAAUGAAGAAGAAGAAGAAGAAAAAGAAGAAGAAGAAGAAGAAAAAAAAAAAGAGGAAAAAGGAGAAGAUGAAGAAGAAGAAGUAGAAGAUGCGCGUGCUGACAUGG